AUGGUGACGAAAAGUGUGGCUAACUCAGUGCUUGCGUUGAGGAUAGUUGCUCUUGCAUCUUCGGCUGCAUCAAUGGCCUUACUCGUUACCAACAGCUACACAUUUCAAAACGGUGCAGAGGUCAGAUAUCAAGAUUUCGAUUCAUACAGCCUUGUGGUAGCUAUUGCAGCAAUUACGUGUGCAUAUUCUAUAGUUCAGCUUCCAUUUGCUAUAUACCAUGCAUUACGACACAAGAGGCUCAUAAACAAUGGAUUCUUGCCAAAAUUUGACUUAUAUGCAGACAAGGUAAUUAGUCUGUGUCUGGGCGUAGCCUGUGGCGCUGGUUUUGCACUGUCUGUUGAAUUAAAGAAGUUCCUGAAGGAGCAUGUCAUAAAUUUGAAUGAUUUUAAUUUUAAGGGUCCAUACAACAAGCUUUUGAUUCGAGGAUUAAUUUCUUCUGCUUUUCUUCUCGUCACCUUCUUCUCCAUGGCUGUCCUUUCAUUCAUUUCCUCCAACAUCCCACCCAGAAAGCAAGCCAACCCCUACUGA